UCGGCCUGUUCAUCCUCUCCCUUGCACACCAUAAUCUGCUAUCUACUCUAUAUUUAACUUCGGCUCACUUCUCUGGAAGAUUCCAGCCAGCACCAUGACUGAUGAUGAGCUGUCUGCCUUGGUGGUAGAUAAUGGGUCAGGGAUGUGCAAGGCAGGUUUUGGUGGUGACGAUGCCCCCCGGGCUGUCUUCCCCUCCAUGGUAGGGCGCCCCCGGCACCAGGGGGUCAUGGUAGGCAUGGGUCAGAAGGACUGUUAUGUGGGGGAUGAGGCUCAGAGCAAGAGAGGCAUCCUGACCCUGAAGUAUCCCAUUGAGCAUGGAGUAGUCACCAACUGGGACGAUAUGGAGAAGAUCUGGCACCACACUUUCUACAACGAGCUCCGUGUGGCACCGGAUGAGCAUCCUAUCCUCCUCACCGAGGCACCCCUCAACCCCAAGAUCAACCGGGAAAAGAUGACUCAGAUCAUGUUUGAGGCCUUCAAUACACCAGCCAUGUAUGUAGCUAUCCAGGCUGUGCUGUCUCUCUAUGCCUCGGGGAGAACCACAGGCAUCGUGAUGGAUUCUGGUGAUGGAGUUACUCACACCGUGCCCAUCUAUGAAGGUUAUGCCCUACCUCAUGCCAUUCUACGUCUAGAUCUGGCUGGCAGAGACCUGACUGACUACCUCAUGAAGAUUCUGACAGAACGAGGCUACAACUUCACCACCACAGCCGAGCGGGAGAUUGUCCGUGAUGUCAAAGAGAAACUGUGCUAUGUGGCCCUGGACUUUGAGCAAGAGAUGGUCAGUGCUUCUGCAUCCUCCUCACUGGAAAGAAGCUAUGAGCUUCCUGAUGGGCAAGUGAUCACCAUUGGGAACGAACGUUUUCGGUGCCCUGAAUCCAUUUUCCAGCCUUCCUUUUUGGGCAUUGAGUCCAGUGGGAUCCAUGAGACAACCUUCAAUUCUAUCAUGAAGUGUGAUGUGGAUAUUCGCAAGGAUCUAUAUGCCAACACUGUCUUGUCUGGAGGCAGCACAAUGUACCCUGGCAUUGCUGACCGAAUGCAGAAGGAAAUCGUAACCCUGGCACCUAGCACAAUGAAAAUCAAGAUCAUAGCUCCCCCAGAGAGGAAGUAUUCCGUUUGGAUUGGGGGUUCCAUUCUGGCCAGCCUGUCUACAUUCCAGCAAAUGUGGAUCAGUAAGCAGGAAUAUGAUGAGGCUGGUCCUCCCAUAGUUCAUAGAAAAUGUUUCUGAAUGGUCUUCCAUGCUAGUAGGUUUACAUUUUUCCCUUCUCUGGGUCACAGUGAUGGUACUGCUUUUAUCCACUUUCCUUUGAGUAAAGGUAAACACUCUGCUCUUGCUAGUGUAGAGCCAGCAAACUCAUCUCCAUCAAAGUAUUGUGGGCUCCUGCCCAGCUAACCACAUCUUGGCCUUUAUGAACUAAAGGAGAAUUCUAAUACUGUGUUCUAUUCUCUUUACCUAUAGGGUUCGAAGAAAUAUUGACAUGCUUAGGUGAAAAUGAGCGAAAGGAGUAAAAUUAUGAGAAAUUUCCUUUCAGAAUGGAUAACUAGCAUUACCAAGCCUUAGAAACUAGUUUAUGCUUUAAAUAUUCAACAACAGGCUGGCCAUGUAAUGCUAUAAAAAUGUGCAUGUUAGCAAACAUGUCUUAUUAGUAUUUUUGUUUUGCUUUUCUACUUUGUAUAGAGAUAAUGAAUUAUAUGGAUCAAUAUUGUCCAUAUGUACAUAAGCACCAGGGAAAUAUUAUAUCUUAAAAGACACUAAAUCUGGCUGUCUAAAUGGGAAUUUCUUAACUCCCCAAUAGCCACUGUUCUAGUAGCUACAUAUUUUGUUUCCCUUAUUAAAUAAGCAUAAUGAAACAACCAAUAUUCCAUUAAUGUUGUUUAUAAAUCAACUAAACUUUCAGCUCAGAGUGGAGUUCUGCUUGUUAAAUACAUAUUUUAAUGUCUAACUUAUUGAAUUUCAUUCUACUUGCCUAACUUUUAAAAUAGAAAUAUAGUAUCAAAUUAAUGUCAUCCUGCUAUGGUUUGACAAAGAUAAUGUUAUUUUUAUUUCUUAGCAUAAUAACAUAUCUUGAAUAAUUUCCAUAGGCCAUAAUUUUGGAUAUUUCUCUAAUCAAGGAUUUUACUGUCAGGAAACCAUAGCUGCAGCUUCUUAGUAAAUUAUAAAUUCUAGUACAAACAGAGUAAUUCCAAUUUUAUUCUAGGAAAUAAUUAGAAUAAUUCUGCUUUAUUAUGUCCAGUAACUAGCAAUACUUCUUCAUUCUUAGACUGUCUCUAAGAUACUAACAUCUUAGAAAAUACUGUAUCUUCCUACAAUUUCUGAAAAUUUUUAAUGAACCCAGUGAUGAUUGUCAAUCAAUUUAAGGACUAGCAUAUUUAUUUCAAUCAAGUCUGUGAUGUCUGAUUAUCUGAAUAUCAGAGUUAUUUGUAUCUCUCAGGGGUUUUUUUCUGAAAAAAAAAUAUUUUUGGGCAAUGCUUACUAAGGCAUCAUCACAUUCUCAGGGAAGAUUAAUAUCUUCUUUUUUCCUUUUAGUUGAGAAGCUUAUACUUGUGUUUUAAAAGUCUACUCUGGAGUCUUUAAGCAUUUUUUUCUUGAGACAAAACUUUUCAAAGAAUUUGCUUGUUCCUUAUUUUCUUUAUCUGACAACUUAAUUUUUAAAAAUGCAUUUAACCAAAAUUAAUCUUCAAAGGCACCUUAUUAAAAAACUUGGAGUGUCCUUUCUCUUUUAAUUAAUUUUAAAUAAAUUAAAAUGGCUUAAUA